AUGGAACUGAAAUUGCUGGCGGAUGUGGGUUUGCUGGGUUUGCCGAAUGCGGGGAAAUCUACCCUGAUCAGUGCUGUAUCGUCUGCUCGUCCGAAAGUUGCUGAUUACCCGUUUACGACCUUGUAUCCGAAUUUGGGUGUGGUUAGUGUGGGUGUCACGCAAAGUUUCGUGAUGGCGGAUAUUCCCGGCUUGAUAGAAGGAGCCGCCGAAGGUGCUGGUCUAGGCAUUCAAUUCCUGCGUCAUCUUGCGCGUACCAGUUUGUUGCUGCAUGUGGUGGACGUCGCACCGAUGGCAGAGGAAAAUGAGCCAGUGCGUGCCGUGCGUACCAUCGAAGGUGAAUUGGAGCAAUACAGCGAAGAGCUGGCUAAUUAUCCGCGUUGGUUGGUGUUGAACAAGAUUGACGUACUACCAGCGGAAGAGCGUGCGGCUCGUUGCCAGGAAAUCGUUGAUGCGCUUGGCUGGACUGGCCGAGUAUUCCAGAUUUCCGCUGCCACGGGGGCAGGCACACAAGAUUUAUGUUUCCACAUUAUGCAGUAUUUGGACGAACAUGCAGACAAGUCGAACUGA